UGCAAACUAUGAAUGAUUAAUUACUGGUAAACAACAUGUUUAAAGUCAGUAUUGAUGUGUUUUUCUUUUUCACUUUUCUUCUUUUCUUUCAGAUGAUGUUCCACCAUAUUUCAAGACAGAACCUGUCCGCUCUCAGCUACACCUGGAAGGGAACCGUUUGGUCCUGACAUGCAUGGCAGAAGGAAGCUGGCCACUGGAGUUUAAAUGGCUUCUCAACAACACAGAAGUGACUGGGUUUUCCUUAGAAUACAGGUACAUGGUACCAUCACUGGACCGGAACCAUGCUGGCAUGUACCGCUGUAUUGUCCGGAAUAGAGUCGGUGCCCUCAUGCAAAGAAGAACAGAAGUUCAAGUGGCAUAUAUGGGAAAUUUUGAAAACACUGAGCAGCACCAUCUGAAUGUUUCUCAUGGAGAAGCAGCUGUAAUCAGAGCCCCCAAAAUAGCCAGCUUCCCACAGCCUCAAGUGACCUGGUUUCGGGAUGGACGGAAAAUCGUACCAAGCAGCAGAAUAGCAAUUACAAUGGAGAACACGAUGGUUAUACUGUCGACUGUGGCACCAGAUGCAGGGCGCUACUACGUGCAGGCUGUGAAUGACAAGAACGGGGAAAACAAGACAAGCCAUCCUAUUAUCCUGACUGUGGAAAAUGUGGGAGGCCCUGCAGAUCCUAUUGCCCCAACAAUUAUCAUUCCACCAAAGAAUAUCAGUGUGGUUUUAGGAGCUGCAGAGGUGACCAUGGAAUGCAUUGCUAAUGCCAGGCCACUGAUAAAAUUGGAGAUUAUCUGGAAGAAGAAUGGGCUCCUUCUGAACAAUGGGCUGAGCAACUUCAACAGGAGGCUGAAGAUCCUAAACCCUACCACUAGUGAUGCUGGCUAUUAUGAGUGCGAAGCCAUCCUUCGAAGUAGCAGUGUUCCAUCUGUCACUGCAGGGGCCUUUCUUUCCAUUCUAGAACCACCUCAUUUUGAGCUAGAACCUCCAAGACAUAUCACAGCAGAGAUGGAGAAAGUAGUGGAGAUUCCUUGCCAAGCUAGAGGUGUUCCUAAGCCCAGAAUUGAUUGGUAUAAAGAUGCAGUCCUGGUUAAUCUUGGGAAAGGCUCUCGGUACACAAUGCUACCAGGAGGUACUCUCCAGAUAAGUGGGCUGGUCCCACUAGACACUGGCAUGUUCCAGUGUUUUGCCACAAACAGUGCUGGAGAAACUCAAACAUAUGCCUACCUUGCAGUUACCAGCAUUGCUCCUAAUAUCACUAAGGGACCCUCAGACAGUACAGUAAUAGAUGGUCUAUCUGUCAUUUUAAAUUGUGAAACUUCAGGUGCACCAAGGCCAGCUAUCACCUGGCAGAAAGGUGAACGAAUCCUUGCAAGUGGAUCAGUGCAGCUUCCUCGUUUCACUUUACUGGAGUCUGGGAGUUUGCUGAUAAGCCCGUCCCACAUCUCAGAUGCUGGGACGUAUACUUGCUUGGCUACCAAUUCCCGAGGAGUAGAUGAAGCAUCUGCACAGCUCACUGUGUGGGCUCGAACUUUGAUUAUGCAUCCUCCUGAAGAUCUAAGUGUCAUCAAAGGUACCAAAGCAACCUUGCGCUGUGGAGUGAUCCAUGACCCCAGUGUCACUGUCAGGUUCUUGUGGGAGAAAGACAGUGCCAUGCUCAAUGUUGAUGCAGUCCCUCGCAUGCAGGUUGAGCCAGAUGGGACACUGCAUAUCUCACAGACUUGGUCAGGUGACAUUGGCGCUUACACAUGCAAAGUAAUAUCAAUUGGCGGGAACGCUUCUCACACAGCACACCUUAUGGUCAGAGAGCUCCCCCAUGCACCAGGAAAUCCUUCAGCAGUUCUGAGUACCAUAGAGAAAAGAGCCAUUAAUGUCUCUUGGUCAGCGCCUUUUGAUGGAAACAGCCACCUUAUUCGGUACAUUUUGGACGUCUCUGAAAAUAAUGCUCCAUGGACUGUACUACUUUCGAAUAUUGACCCAGACUCAACAUCAGUAACCGUCAACCGGCUUAUACCAGCCAGAUCUUACCAUUUUCAGAUUUGUGCCGUCAAUGAUGUUGGAAGAGGUCCCUUCAGCAAGGCAACAGAGAGGGUGUCAUUGCCUGAAGAACCACCGAGUGCUCCUCCUCAGAACGUCAUCGCUAGUGGCCGAACAAAUCAGUCCAUCAUGAUUCAAUGGCAACCUCCCCCCGAGAAUCACCAGAAUGGUAUCCUGAAAGGUUAUAUCAUCAGGUAUUGUCUUGCUGGUCUGCCUGUGGGUUAUCAAUACAAGAACAUUACUAACCCAGACGUCAACAACUUCCUACUGGAGGAACUGAUUAUUUGGACAAAUUACGAAAUUGAAGUUGCAGCAUACAAUGGAGCAGGCCUGGGAAUUUACAGUUCAAAAGUAAAUGAAUGGACAUUACAAGGAGUUCCAACUGUGCCCCCAGGAAAUGUACAAGUGGAUCCUGUCAACUCCACAGUUAUACAGUUUACAUGGACACCACCGAGCCCUCAAUUUAUCAAUGGCAUCAACCAGGGAUAUAAGUUGUUAGCUUGGGAACCUGCCCAUGAUGAUGACAUUAUUAUGGUAACAGUGCGCCCAAAUUUCCAAGACAGUAUUCACGUGGGCUACAUCCCAGGACUGAAGAAGUUCACGGAAUACUAUACAUCAGUGUUGUGCUUCACAACACCAGGCGAUGGUCCUCGCAGCAUCCCACAGCUGAUUCGCACCCAUGAGGACAUACCUGGGCCAGUUGGUCAUCUGAGCUUCACAGAGAUCUUAGACACCUCGCUGAAAGUAAGCUGGCAGGAACCUGUGGAAAAAAAUGGCAUUCUUACUGGGUACAGAAUUUCUUGGGAAGAGUACAACCGUACCAACACUCGUGUCACACACUAUCUGCCUAAUGUUACGCUAGAAUAUCGAGUCACAGGCCUCACUGCCCUUACCACAUACACGAUUGAAGUGGCAGCUAUGACAUCAAAGGGCCAAGGGCAAGUGUCUUCCUCUACAAUCUCCUCAGGAGUCCCACCAGAACUUCCUGGAGCACCUUCAAAUCUGGGAAUCUCUAACAUUGGUCCACGCUCUGUAACUCUGCAGUUCAAGCCAGGGUAUGAUGGAAAAACAUCCAUUUCAAGAUGGCAGGUGGAAGCCCAGGUUGGAGUGAUUGGAGAAAAUGAGGAAUGGGUUCUUGUUCACCAAGUAGUGAAUGAACCUGAUGCUCGAACUCUGGAGGUCCCUAACCUGAACCCCUACACUUACUACAGUUUUCGAAUGAGACAAGUGAACAUAGUUGGCAGCAGCCCACCAAGUCAACCUUCCCGCAAAGUUCGGACACUGCAGGCUCCUCCAGACAUGGCUCCUGCCAAUGUCACUCUGCGCACAGCCAGCGAGACUAGUCUCUGGCUACGUUGGGUGCCUCUUCCAGAGGCAGAAUACAAUGGUAAUCCAGAGUCUGUGGGAUACAGGAUCAAAUAUUAUCGGCUGGACAGACAAGGUCGGACUAUGACUCACAUCAUCACUGACCGAAUGGAGCGAGAGUACACUAUUGAAGACUUAGAGGAGUGGACAGAAUAUGAGGUUCGGGUUCAGGCAUUUAAUACCAUUGGAGCUGGGCCCUGGAGUCCAGUUGUUGUUGGACGAACAAGAGAAUCAGUUCCAUCUUCAGGGCCUACAAAUAUCUCGGCUUUGGCCACCACUUCAAGUAGCAUCUUAGUCCGAUGGAGUGAAAUUCCAGAGCCAGAUCGGAAUGGACUUAUUCUGGGCUACAAGGUGGUAUACAGAGAAAAAGACUCUGAUUCUCCAGUAAAAUUUUGGUUAGUAGAAGGAAAUUCUUCAAGGAGUGUCCAGCUAGAAAACCUUGGAAAAUAUGUUCUGUUUGAAAUUCAGGUAUUGGCUUUCACACGAAUUGGAGAUGGAAUUCGUAGCACCCCUCCUAUUCUAGAGAGAACAUUAGAUGAUGUACCUGGCCCGCCAGUUGGUAUUUUGUUCCCGGAAGUUAGAACCACCUCAGUACGUCUCAUUUGGCAGCCACCAGCAGAACCAAAUGGAAUCAUUCUUGCUUAUCAGAUCACAUAUCGUCUAAACACAACCAGCUCAAAUACAGCCACUGUUGAGGUUUUAAACCCCAGCACACGGCAGCACACUGCAACAUCGCUGGUACCAGAGUCAAUUUACUUAUUUCGUAUCACGGCACAGACCCGCAAGGGAUGGGGUGAAGCAGCUGAAGCACUUGUUGUGACCACAGAAAAACGUGAUCGUCCACAACCUCCUAGCAGACCUGUGGUACAACAGGAAGAUGUAAAAUCCCGUAGUGUACUGUUGUCAUGGGAGCCAGGAAGUGAUGGCUUGUCUCCAGUCCGGUACUACACUGUCCAGACCCGAGAGCUCCCAGAUGGAGAAUGGACAGUGCACUCUGCAUCUGUGAGCCAUAAUGCCACAUCAUUUGUGGUGGACAGGUUAAAGCCAUUCACUUCAUAUAAAUUUCGUGUAAAGGCAACUAAUGAUAUUGGAGACAGUGACUAUAGUGAGGAGUCAGAAUCAAUAACUACUCUUCAAGCUGCCCCAGAUGAUGCACCAGUUAUUCUGUCUGUGACGCCGCAUACUACCACCUCUGUGCUGGUCCGCUGGCAGGCCCCAACUGAAGAGAAGAUCAAUGGAAUUCUGUUAGGCUUCCGCAUCCGUUAUAGGGAAUUGGUGUAUGACAACCUAAGGACAUUCACUGUACGGAAUGUAAAUGACCCAGCAGCGAGAUGGACUGAACUCACAUCCAUAUACGCCAUACGGAACCUGAGUGAAGCCUCCCUCACACAGUAUGAGCUGGACAACCUGAACAAACACAAACGUUAUGAGAUCAGAAUGAGUGUCUACAAUGCUGCUGGAGAGGGACCGAACAGUGCUCCACAAGAAGUCUUUGUUGGUGAAGCUGUGCCUACAGCAUCUCCUCAGAAUGUUGCAAUACAGGCCUCAACAGCAACACAGCUUGAUAUAACGUGGGAACCUCCCCCUCAAGAGGCACAAAAUGGUGACAUCCAAGGAUAUAAGAUAUAUUACUGGGAGUUCCAAAGGCAGAAUGAAACCAAAAGGCUAAAGACACUUUUUCUGCCUGAAAAUGGAGUGAAGCUGAAAAACUUAACAGGGUAUACUACAUAUUUUAUCACUGUGACAGCCUUCAACGCAGCAGGGGAUGGGCCAUGGAGUGCCCCAGUCCGAGGCAGGACACAACAAGCAGCACCAAGCAGUCCCAAAGCCAUCAAAUUCAGUGAGCUGACGACCACCUCAGUGAACGUAUCGUGGGAGCCACCCGAAUACCCCAAUGGAAUCAUUGAAGGUUAUCGUCUGAUUUAUGAGCCUUGUUCACCAGUGGAUGGAGUUAGCAAAAUUGUGACAGUUGAUGUGAAAGGCAACAGCCCACUCUGGCUUAAGGUGAAAGAUCUUGCUGAAGGAGUGACAUACAGGUUUCGAAUCAGAGCUCGGACAUUUACCUAUGGACCACAGAUAGAGGCUAAUAUCACAACUGGACCCGGAGAAGGUGCACCUGGACCUCCAGGAGAGCCGUUCAUCUCUCGAUAUGGUUCUGCAAUCACCAUCCACUGGACCAGUGGUGAUCCUGGAAAACGUCCAAUUACUAGAUAUGUCAUUGAGGCACGACCUUCAGAUGAAGGACUUUGGGAUAUUCUUAUAAAGGAUAUUCCAAAAGAGGUGACAUCAUAUACUUUCAGCAUAGACAUCCUGAAACAAGGUGUGACGUAUGAUUUUCGAGUGAUUGCAGUCAAUGACUAUGGAUAUGGAACUCCAAGUGCACCUUCCCCAUCAAUCUCAGCCCAGAAAGCAGCUCCAUUUUAUGAAGAGUGGUGGUUCUUGGUCGUUGUUGCUCUAAUUGGACUAAUUUUCAUCCUUCUGCUGGUGUUUAUCCUCAUAAUCCGAGGACAGAGCAAAAAGUAUGCCAAAAAGGCUGACUCAGGGAAUAACUCAAAGUCAAAUGCUUUAUGUCACGGGGAGAUGAUGAGUUUGGAUGAAGGGAGAUUCCCAGCCCUAGAACUCAACAAUCGUCGCCUUUCAGUUAAGAAUUCCUUCUGCAGGAAAAAUGGUGUCUAUACCAGAUCACCUCCAAGGCCAAGUCCGGGCAGUCUGCAUUACUCUGACGAGGAUGUCAGCACAAAAUAUAAUGACUUGAUCCCAGCAGAAAGCAGUAGUUUGACAGAGAAACCUUCUGAAGUCUCAGAUUCUCAGGGAAGUGAUAGCGAAUAUGAAGUGGAUCAAAACCGACAGAAAACACAUUCUUUUGUCAACCACUACAUCAGUGACCCCACUUAUUACAAUUCCUGGAGGCGCCAACAGAAAGGACUAUCCCGUGCUCAAGCAUAUAGCUACACUGAAAGUGACUCAGGAGAUCCAGAAAGCUGCCAUUUGGCCAACAACAAUCCUAACCAACAAGGCAGUCUUUUCAGGCCCAAGGUCAGCCGGACUCCUACACCACAGCAAACCAGUAACCCACCCAGCCAGCAAAAUACCCUUUACCGACCACCAAGCAGCCUUGCUCCUGGAUCGAGAGCCCCUAUAGCUGGAUUUUCUUCUUUUGUUUGAUGCCAAACCUUUAUAGCUUUUACUUUCCCCAUCUGUUAUUUUUUUAAAAAAUGAAACAAAUAGAAAAAAAGGAUAUUGUGUGGAAGACAAUCAGUGAUGCAUAUGAUAUAUAUUUGCUGCUUGGAGAGUUGCUCAGCUGUUUUUCUUUAAGGAAAAUAAUAGUCUACAAGCAAAAGUAUGAAAAAAAUAAAAUGGGCAGCUCCUGUGGCAAGGUUAUUCUGAGCUGAAUUAUGAAAACUGAAAGGACUGUAGCAGAGGCUUGGCUUCCAAUGUUAAACUGUUUAUUUCAACAUUCAAAAUGGCUGUCCAUACGGAGUUACAUUUUGAUUGGUAUUUAAUGACUUGUUUGUGCAAGUGUUAUGUCAGAAUUAAUGCUGCAAGGUUCUAAUUCCCUUGGCCAAAGGUUAUUCUGUCAAAGAUUGAAGUUGGGGUGGAGUGUAUGGUGCUUGUUACUAGGUAACUUUAUUGUGGUGCCAAAUGUGAAAGGUAACAUCUUUUGCCAUGUUGUGUUAGAAAACAUGGCAUCCAAGAAGUAAAAAGAAAAAAUGUGAUGUGCAACUUCCGUUGCACUGAAUGCUGGUCUGAGUCAGUAAGACAGAGAGAUGGCUUUAUGAAAGCGUAGAGCAAAGAAAAUGAAUGCCUAACAUACUGUAAAGAAGACAAUAUGUUUCAGCCACAGAUUUUUAAAAUACUCUUUUUUUUUUAUCCUGGUAAUUUAUUCUUUGGAAUAUGAUUGCAGAAAAACAAGGGCCAUGCAUAUCCAAAAUCUUUUUUUUUUUUUUUGAAAUUAUAAGUUGAAGUGCAAGUAAAGAAAUGGUGCCUACUUAGUUGAAGCUAAAUAUGUCAAACAAAGAAAAUUCAGAUAACUGCAGUUCAGGAAAAAAGUACUUAAAAACAACUUGAACUUACUUGUGUGUUCAUUCUGUUAUUGAUCCCCUCUGCUUAAAUUUCAUGCUGUGAUGGGCUAAAUAACUUGUGAUAUCAUGAAGUAGCCUUAAGGUAAUAGUUUUUCAUGUUUUAAGCCAGUGUUUUUUUUUUUUUUGGGAGAUUUUCUGUUAAAAGGCCAAAUAAACAUAGAUGUUAGUUAGAUGUAACUAGCUAACCAAAAAGUGUACAAGGGUAGCAGCUUGUGUAUACAAACCUCAGAAUGUUUUCUCUGUAUCCUGGGAUAGGUUAACAGCAAACCCUUUUUUUCCUGCUGUAUGUAUACAAUGUGGGUCCAAAGCAUCAUACAUUUUCUUGUUUCCUAAAUGUAGUACAGUACAAUGUUACACAGUGCUAGUCUAACCCAAAUGCAAUACAUCAAAUGUUAUCUUGUCUUAUAAUGGGUGUAUGACGUGGUCCUUGUCCAGUUAACAUAUCGAUUUUAAUUUUUAAAAAGUGGAAAUCCAUUGUAUAAUUUAGUAGAACCAUCAUAGGCACCUGUUUUAGGCCAGAAGCUUUCUUCAAAUUGUUUAAAAAUUGCCUUCAUUUUUGUCUGUAUUAUAACUCAGCAAAUCCUGUGAAAAUUUAGUUUCAUUGAGUGAGUCAUCAUCAUUAUCAUCAUCAUCCCCUUUUCCCCUGUUUACACAGAGACAGAAUGCUGUCUCAGCUGUCACCACUUCUCUCUGUUCAGAUCCACUCUCCCACCUUUGACAGUCAUGCCUACUUGUCUCAAGUCUUCUCUCACACGAUCCAUCCAUUUCUUGACCGGAUGUCAAUGUCUGUUCUUGCCUUCUUCCUGUCUGUCCCAAAAACUGCUUUAUCAAAUUAUUUCCAUUUUCCUGUGUAUGAAACCAAACCACUGUAUUCUGUGCUUCUGAUUCUUCUCUGUAAUUGGGGCUACUUUGGCUUCUGCACAGAUGCUCUCAUUUCUUUGUCUCUCCCAUAGUGUGUGUCCUACUACCUGUCUCAGGCACUUCAUCUCUAUCCCCCCAGUCUUCCUCAAUUGCUGUGCCUCACUACCCAGGUUCCUGUGCCAUACAGAAGCACUGGUUGAAUCACUGUUUUAUAUACCUCACAUUUCAACUUCUUUUGUAACUUUUCUGUCACACAUUACCCGACACUUUGUGCCAUUUGGCUGCAGAACUUCUGAUUCUAGCAUUUUGCUCCUGUUCGGACUUCCCUUGUCCUGAACCUUACCUGUCAAGUAACUAACUAAAAAUGUUACUGUUUCUUUUUUGAUGUGGAGAUUACCUUAAUGCUAGCCUCCAUGGUGUGAUCACUUUUGCUUCAUUAAGGUAUGUCACUGUGUACAGAUGGCGUAGUAUAAGCAAAGUAAAUCAGCAUCAUUAUGCUAGUAGUGAUCCAGUCCAUAGUCUUUUGCUUAGUCUCAAAAACAACAGUACUAUAGUGAUAGAGCACUAUCUGAUUCAAUCCAGAAGUUCACAGAAUUCAUAGACCUCCUCCUUUCAAAAAAAUACCUGUCUUCCUGAAUAAGUUGCCAAGCUCAGACCUUUGGCAAACUAAGUGCAAGUUUUUUUUUAUUUAUUGCAUGUAACAUAUUUCAGCUCAUAAGUUAUUUUCAGAUUAGUGGUGGUGACAGUUAAAUAACAACAUUAAAGUGGAUGGUGCAGCUUUAGCGUUGUCACCUCACAGCAAGAAGUUGCCUGGUUUGAUUCACGGCUGGAGUGCCUUCUGUGCAUGUCCUCCCUGUGUUCGUGUGGGUUUUCUCUGGGUACUCCGGUUUCCUUCCAUGUUGUAAAGAUGUGUUUUUCCUGUGGCUGCUGCUGAAAAUUGUCUUUGUUCCAAGUCGGACUUUCCCAGUAAACAAAUGUUAAAUAAAUGAAGUAUAAUGAUUAAUACUUACCAUCAGGAAAUAUAAUAUUAAAAAACAUACUUUUCUCUGCAAAGUUAUUUCCUUCUCAUAUAGUCUGAACUGUCUUUCCUUGUUUAUUUAAGUAAGUCAGUCCCAGAGUUCAACAACAGAAUUCAGGAGCAGAAUGAAUGACUGUGGAUUUAAAUGCACUGUGUGGCAUCCAUGGGUAUUCAUCUUCCAUUGCCACUCCAUCUGUGUAAUACCACAGUUAACCACUGUUUGCCUUCCUUAUUAAACACAAGCUUUGCAAUACAUUUAUGCAUCAUAUGAGACUCCAAGGCACUGUAUAAAAUGGUGCAUGAAUUGUAACAGAUCUGCUUUCCUUUUGUAAACAAGCCAGGUUUUGGUUCAUGAAGAAUUUCAGUUCUUGAAAUGAUGAGAAUGAAAUGUCACCAGUCUCCUGAUUCUACCCAGUGCUGGCAGAACUGCCUAAGGGUUUAACAUGGAAAUGCAGAAGCAGAGAGAAUUAGUGAGACUAGGUCAGUGAUAGCUUAGUUAUGUUCCCAUCUUCUACAAGACAGGCCCAGGUUUGGUGAUUAGUUAGAUUAAUGAGCAUUGUCACCUCGUACCUCCUUUUUCUCCUUAAGGAAUAAGGCACACUGCUUCUGGCUGCAAAAGUAACCAUCCCAUUUGAUGAGGCAGACAGAUUUUAUGCAAUGUACUUGGCACAUACCUCUAUGAUAUAGCAAGAACAUGAUACCUGUUCAAUGAUUAAUGCUGCAAAUCCCAUUUCCACAAAUGGGAUACAUGGAAAACCAUCUUCAGCAAAACAGUAGUUUACCAUUUUCCCUACUGCUAUGAAACUGUUAAGGGGGUUGGGAGUCUCCAUCCAAAUGUGGGGUGUAGGUUCAUAGGUUCAUAGGUGUGUACUAGGCCAACAGCCCUGGAGCCUUUACAAGCCUAACCCAUAGA